UCUUUGGGAGUGUAAGAGUGUCUUUUUGUUUUGCACUUGGGGGCUACCUCUCUCUACUCUUUUCUGUGUCGUGGGGGUUCAGCCUUUGAUUCAUAUGGAUCUUCAAGAGAACCCUCAGAAUUCUGGGAUGAAGAAAAGAAAGCAGGAACAGGAUGAUUUGAUCAGUGAUCAUGGAAAUUCUAUGAGUGUGGGAGAAACAUCUGGUAGUGGUGAUCUCUGCAAAAGCUGUACCUCGGGAUCACUGAAUUCAAACAAUCAAAAUGGUUCCAAUUCUGAUAUUUCUUGUCAAGAGGACGAGGAUAUGAUUGAUGAUGAUGAUGAUGCAGAUGAAGAUCCUGAUUACGUUUCUGAUUUUUACUUCAAUGAUGACAUCUAUGAAGAUGAUUAUUUAAAUAUGCAGGAUCAAUUUGACAGUGUGGAUUUGCCUCCUGGGGUAGAGGCAGCACUGCCUUGGUUGAAGGAUAUUUCUUCUAGUGAAUGCAAGCAAGAUAUUGCUUUUGCCCGUACAGAAUCUAGUUCCAAGGGAAAAUCAGAGGAAACUGAAGAUUCAGUCAUGAACAAGUUUCGACAAUUUAAGCAAUUAGAUACUGUUGAUUAUUUUCCUGAUCAUCACUACGAUAAGGAGGGCACUUCAGAGUCACAGAAGCCUAAAAACUGGGCCAAAAAAAUCCAAGAGGAAUGGAAAAUUUUGGAGGAAAAUCUGCCAGAGACAAUCUUUGUGCGAGUUAGUGAAUCUAGGAUGGAGCUUCUAAGGGCAGUCAUUAUUGGACCUCAAGGCACCCCAUACCAUGAUGGUCUUUUCUUUUUUGAUUGCCUCUUUCCUUCUACCUACCCUGCAGGUCCACCGAAAGUUCACUACCACUCAGGUGGCUUAAGGCUAAAUCCAAAUUUAUAUCAAUGUGGAAAAGUCUGCCUUAGUCUUUUGGGCACUUGGCAUGGUAGGAAUAGCGAAAACUGGAUCCCUGAAAAAUCAACCAUGCUACAAGUCUUGGUUUCAAUACAAGCUCUGAUUCUAAAUGAGAAGCCCUUUUUUAAUGAGCCUGGUUAUAUAUCAACAUAUUCUGGUGCAGAGGGGCAAAGAAGAUCUAAGGAGUACAAUGAGAAUACUUUUAUUUUAUCCUUGAAGACAAUGAUGUAUACUCUGCGUAAACCCCCAAAACACUUUGAGGACUUGGUCGCGGGGCAUUUCCGAGGACGAGCAUAUAACAUACUAACAGCAUGUAAAUCGUAUGUCGAGGGGGCUGCGGUUGGGUCUGUUGUACAUAAUCUAGCUCAAAGUAGUGGCGGCGGCAAUAGUACUACGACUAACAGCCAAAAGGAAUUCCAGUCAGCUGUGAGUAGGAUGAUGAAUACUCUUAUUGCAUUUUUCACCAAAAAUGGCUCCACAGACUGUGAUGAGUUUCGAUCUCCUGAAAUUUAUAAUUUAUCUAGUGUGGCUACUUCAAAUUUAGAUGUCUACAAGGUAGAAUCUGGCUCAACAACGUUGACCCAGUUCUGAAGGUCCUAGGUUGUUUCUGCUGUGAAUGAUGGGUAGUGGGUAUCUUUUUCUUCUCUUUUUGUGGUGAUUUUUAUGUCCCACAUCCAGAUUCUCAUUGCUGAUUAUAACCCCUAGUUGUAAAAAUUGACAUGCUAGUCUAACUUUUCAAAAGAUGGUUCCAUGUUUCUUAUAUUUUGCAUGUUUCUUCAAUAAAAUGUUAAUAUUAUUAUU